GUGAGAUCUUAUCUCAAAAUCGUACAACGAUUUAUACUUGAAAAUGUCUUACUUGAAGUCAGUUUUCAAAACCGGUUGUUUGCUGAAAGUUCUCUCAUCUAAACGCUUGCUAGUGGAACAUUUGGAAAUGCUUGAACUGUGUGUUAACAGCGACCUGCGUGUCAAUUAUCUUUACAAUUGUUUACAAAGCCGUUUAGCUUUUACAGUUGUUAGUUGCGGGUGUCUUGUUUCAGCUCUUUUAACAUUCUAUUCCAGCGGUAACCGUUACGCACUUGCUUUGACCGCUUCAGCGUUUGCAACUUGUCUGCACACAAAGUGGAUCUACUCUCUAAAACUGAACAAGAUUGACGAAUUAAUUAAAGUCGUCGAAAAAUUCGAGGAUGUCAUGAAACGAAACAUUAUCUUCAUAGCUGAAUUAAAUCAAUGCGAUCAAAAUCGAAGUUCAUAUUGGCGACGUACGAUGAAUGAAAAUGAAGUUUUUCAGAAUUGCUUGCAGAGCUGUAAGCUUGUGAUCGUCGAGCUGCACCGAUAUGUACAAUCUAUAGAAAAUAAAACUAAAUUGCAUGAAAAAUUUAUACAGUGGUAUGAACCGUUAGAGUCGCUAGAGAAUUUGGGACUUUCGAGAGACAGCUUAUCAACUCACUAUCAGAUAAAGACGUUUUACACCAUUUUCUUAUACGUUCAAUCAGCUUGCUUGCUACGGUUGGCUCUCGCCUGUGCUAGUGACGCAGAUCUCAGCCACAUUGAGGUCGAGCGGAAACAACUAAUUUGUGCAAUAGGUCGAGCAACAACAAAGGGCAAGAAAUAUUUGUUGCUCAAUAAUGGCUCAGAAAUGAGCCAAAAAAUAUACUACAAUAAAGAUCUAGUCCCAGCAGAACUUUUGUCAAUAAACCAUCAAUCAAUGAUGCUAUCGGCCAAAUUAACAAUUGCUGCCAAACAGAUAGCUCACGUGGAUGGUGAGCUAAGCGAGAUCGCCUCUACGUUUUCCGGUGAUUGCGAACGGUUACGGAUAGCUGAGCAACAUGUCACAGAUAUUGGAGCUGGUUUGCUAGCCCGUUGCGACGAAAUUCAACGAUUGCUCAUUAGCCUAAGAAAAGUGCUGAAACGGGAUGUAGAGAAGGAAAAUUUUGCCUCGACACAGUCAUCGGAUGGAAGUGACCAAUUAACAAACGAUGAAACGCAUUGCUCCGGUCGGGAGGAGGCAAAUAUCGUUGAGCAAGCAGGGGACGAGUUUUUCAUUUGUCACCAUAACGAAGCCGGAGAGGAAACAUCUGUUGAGUUAGGCCCCAUGGCCCUCUAUGAAGAGGAAUGGAUCGAUAGGAAAUUAAUAAAACACCAGUUUGGACCGGUGCUGAAGCAGUUGCGGGAAAAGUUACAACCGAUUGAACAAUCGUUUAAAUUACGUGAGCAGCAAGCCUUGAAGUUGAAAGGCCUUAACGUGCUACCAGAAGAGUCGGGAAGUCCAGAAUUAUUUAAAAAAGGCAAUAGGUUAGAGUAUGAGGAGAGUACGGGAUCGUCUGACGAUGAGGUCCCGCAAAGGCGUGCGAAACGUUACCAAGAAAAUUAUGAGAAGGAUCGGGAGUUUCUAGCGAGCAAACCACAAAUCAAUCUGAUUUUAAAUCAUCCGAUCAAUAUGCAGCACGACGAACAAAUACUGGAGUGAAUAUAAACGAACUAAUCUUCUCUAAAAAGUGCUUCAAUGCUCGGCUUUGAUUUUAAUUGUAUUUAUUUUCUUUUCAUUUUCAUUAAAUUUGAAUCGUUCCAUUUAUAAAUACGUUUCCAGUCUGUACCUGUAUCCUAUUCCAGUGUGCCUGUUCCAUUUUUUUUUGUGUGGAUGUUGUGUUCAGGAAAACUACAUGUUCAUUAUGCUUCGCGUUCUCUAGCGUUCAAUACGUCACGUGUUGCUUCAAAUGCUGGUUAAUAGAGCUCUUUGUUUAUUAUUAUUAUUAUUAUUAUUGUUAUAUUAUAUUACAGCACACCAGUGGAACUCAUAAGUCAC